GAGUCUCUCGGUCCCGGGGCGCGUGCUGGGGCUGUCGGCUGGGGCGUGCGCUCACUCUGCGCUGUCCGCAGCUGAUCUGCGGAUCUUCUGCAGCUCUUUGUUGCGCCCGCCUCUCCAGCCAGCACAUCCACGGGGACGGAAACGGAAAUAAGCGGCUCUCUCUGCCUCUCCUGCCUGGUGUCGGAGCGAGGAGAGUCGAGAAGACCGCAGUGAGUAGAUCUACAGGGCGCUGCUUGGCCGCCGCUGGACGCAGUGAAGUGGACAAAGGCUGCUGGGUCGUUAGAGGACCGGGCGUUGUGUGACGGCAGCGGAGCCGCUGGAACCGUGACCACCCUGGAAACCGUUUGCAUGCUUAAACGGUCCUCUGCGUGGAGAAAAGUCGUGCAGAGAGAGCAUCGUGGGAAGCAGCGCAGCCUCUGCCAUGGAGGCCAUCGCCAAGUACGACUUCAACGCCACUGCGGACGAUGAGCUGAGCUUCAGGCGCGGGGAGACUCUUAAGGUUUUAAAUGAAGAAUGUGACCAGAACUGGUACAAAGCAGAACUGAACGGAAAAGAGGGCUUCAUUCCCAAAAACUACAUCGAAAUGAAGCCGCAUCCGUGGUUUUAUGGGAAGAUCCCGCGGGCGAAGGCGGAGGAGAUGCUGAAUAAACAGAGGCAUGAUGGGGCUUUUCUCAUCAGAGAGAGCGAAAGCGCACCAGGAGAUUUUUCUCUGUCUGUCAAAUUUGGGAAUGAUGUGCAGCACUUUAAAGUCCUGCGGGACGGGGCGGGGAAGUACUUCCUGUGGGUGGUGAAGUUUAACUCUCUGAACUCUCUGGUGGACUAUCAUCGCUCCACCUCCGUCUCCCGGAACCAGCCCAUCUUCCUGAGAGACAUCGAGCAGGUACCACAGCACUCCACAUACGUGCAGGCUCUGUUUGACUUCGACCCGCAGGAGGAGGGCGAGCUGGGAUUCAGACGCGGGGAUUUCGUCCAGGUGCUGGAUAACUCGGACCCUAACUGGUGGAAGGGGGCGUGCCAUGGCCAGACCGGAAUGUUCCCGCGCAACUACGUCACCCCUGUCAGUCAAAACAUGUAAUCGCGUGCCCGACGCAGUGUAUAGAAUGCAAAAAAGAAAAAAACACACAAAAAUCAAAAACUGAAACUGUCUGUUAAGGCAAACGGUGACUUCCAGUGGGCGGUUGCCAUGGAAACAGAGACCAUGGAGGAGAGUCUAGGAAGAAAAGGCCGGACUGAUGCCUCCGAUUGCUGAUUGGCAGAGAGCGAUGGAAUGGGGUCUGCAAUUGGUUUGCAUUGCGGUGAGGCUGAUUGGCUGGAAGAUCAGCGAACCCAGCUGGUUGUAAUGCUGUGUGAAGUGUUGAAGCGCUGGCAGCGACUCUAAAAAACCUCAAACUGUGCUGCUUUCUACACGCCUCUCCCUCUCAUACUACACAGUCAGCUGCAGAUCUCAGAUGUACAGUAUUACGACCGGAAAACAUUAAUAAUAAAUAAGGGACUGUGCAAAGCUGUAGGCGAGUGAAGGGUUUCGCACUGAGGUGUGAAACUGAAAGAUGUUCCACAGUACGUAUCGUUUUGAAUGCAUAUUUUACCUGUUGCGGUUGCGUGUUCUCGUUCUUUCUUAAAUGUUUCUCUCUCUGUUUUGUGCCAUUGAGGAUAGUUGAAGGUUAUCAGUAAUAAUGCCAUUAUUACUGUACUCUGUAAUCUGUAAUAUCAGUAAUAAUGUUGUUUUCGGCGAUCAUCAUCUGCUCAGCAUGCACAAAUCUCCUAAUUCUGGUAUAAAAUAUCCAGUGAUGUCAUGGGGCCAGUGAUGCCAAGAGGGCUGCUGCAGAAAUCCUGGCUGUGGUUCAUGAAGCAAACCUGACUCAUCAUUACGUGCUUGAGGUUUCGGCAUACUUUAUAUAUUUCAAAUAAUAUCUUCUGGAGUACAAUCUCACUAAAUCUGCUGCAGGAGCCACGCGCUGACCGUCUCCAUCAGAAUGUAGUGUCUCUGAGACUGACCAACAUGUCUGUUUGCCUUUUAAAGCCCCACUUGGGAUGGUUUGAGUAACGUAGGUGAAAUUGUUUUUAACAUGCCUUCUGUUUGGAUCCUAAUUCAUCCAAGAAGAGAGUCUUUAAAGGGGAAUUCCUUCGUUUUGUUUUUGAAAAUUUCCUGAAAUGGUUUGUUGAGAAACUUACCAGCUCGGAUUUCUUUGCAGUGGUGAAGCAGGGGUCACCAUGACUACAACACAAAUAUAGACGAUUCUGACUCUGUAAGUGUCUCUAUAACCGAGCGUUUCACACCAAACCACUCUGAACAACUCAUCUAACCAUUUAAUUAUGCAGAAAUUUUGAAAAAUAAAUCAAAUUCCUAUUGAACUUUUAGACCUAGUUAUUACUUGACUAUUUCCGAACAGUAGGAAUCCCCCUUAUCCCAAAUGUGUUUAAUCAGUGAAGACAAAGCUGCUGCUCCAGGGCUAAUGCAGCAAACCAAUAAUGCAUUUGCAUAAUUACAUUUACAUUUACGGCAUUUGGCUGACGCUCUUAUCCAGAGCGACUUACAACUUGAUCAUUUUUACACAGGUAGGCCAGCGUAGUGUUAGGAGUCUUGCCCAAGGACUCUUAUUGGUAUAGUAUAGGGCGCUUGCCCUGGUGGGGGAUUGAACCCCAGUUUACAGCAUAGAAGGCAGAGGUGUUAUCCACUACCCUAUCCAACCACAUUAGUACGUUGUGUUUCACUAUUUCAACCAUUUCACGCUGCAGAGAACCGUUUAAGCAUGAAGUUUUAAUAGAACGAUUGCCUUUACUAAAGCAACCUUAAAGAACCACCUUUUAUGAGUAUUAGAAACAUUAAAACACGGACUACAGUGCAUAGCUAAGACCUCAGCAUCAGUUUAAGUCUGUAUUUGUGUCCAUUUUUUGAAAUAUUCCAUCUAUACUGACGAGUUUAGUGCUGUGUAAACUCAAUCAUCCUGAGUGGGGGUUUAAUCCAUGAAUUCAGGUGUUAAACCGGUAAACUAGCACAUUAGCUGCCUGGUAACGGGUAUUAUUGUGUUGCCAUUAGCUGAGCUCGGUGCCUUUCCACCUUUCUGCACAGAUAAUACCGUAUUACACUGUAAAGUGAUGAGAUGAGGUUUGUACUUUUGCUGUUAAGCUAGAAAGUAUUGUCUUUGCUGUUGAUGAAUUUGUUGACUUUCUCAUUUAGAGUGUAAAGUCCCGUCAUGGUAGCAUGCUACACAUACAGAAACCUGAUCUAUGGCAAUAUAUAUGAAUUUCAAAUAUACGGCAUAUAUUAGCAUUUGUGAACUUCCCUUAUGCCCAACUUUGAGUUUUUCCAAAUACGGGUGUAUUUUCUGACAUAUAUGCCGACUUGAAAUCUGAAAUGAUCCAUUUUCAAAUAUGGGACAUAGAUUUCAGUCAUAUUGCAGCAGUUACAAACAUAUAUGUGUAACUGGUGUAUUUAACAAUGUGUGAUUAAAGACGUGCGUAUAUGGAUGGUAUAUGUGACACGUGCUAGCUCCGGGUUAUGUUUAUGUUUUGUAUAUUUCAUAUUGAUUUUUUUUUUGUGUUUUAAAAAUAUGAGACAUAUUUUAUGCAUAUAUGUACACUACAUAUAUGCCCAUAUAUAUGAAAUAUAUGCCUGAUGUAUGUGCAUAUAUGACCAUAUAUCAAAUUUCUGUAUGGGUAGCGCUGUUUUAUUUCUGUUAUCAAAAAAUAUAAACGGUUCUAUUACGGAUAUUGACGUUCCAAUUGUUGUUUUGGGAUGAGAUUUGGGACUGGGAAGUUUUGUUUUAUAUCCGUUUUUAAUUAUAAUAUGACUAGUCAUUGAUUGACAGCUAAUGAGUUGCCAGCAGUGUGCUGGAGUCUUCAUUAGCCUAUACAGCUGAAGGAAAAGUCUUGUGUUGAAUACAAUCAUUCUGUUCAUUUUCACAGCCGGUGACUGAGCCGUUUGACCCUUGAGUGCGCUGUUGUAUCCACUGUACCAUGAACAUAGAAAUGUCUGUAAUUUUCUAAUGUCAUAAAAUAGCUUUCACAAUCGCA